CUACAGGAUCUUCACUUUUUAGUUGGAAUAUACGUGCGGAUAAGAGAAAGGAAGCGCCACAUGAAACUUCGGAAUCAUUUGUUAGUAGGAAUAUACGUGCGAAUAAGAAAAAGAAAGCGACACAUGAAACAAAUGAAAUCACGAAACCUUCGUUUUUUAGUGCGAUUAAAAUAGAAGAAACGCCACAUGAAAUAAAUGAAAUCGCAGGAUCUUCGCUUUUUAGUAGAAAUAUACAUACUAUUAAGAGAGAAGAAACGCCAUGUGAAACAAAUGAAACAAAUGAAAUCAUAGGAUCUUCGCUUUUUAGCAGGAAUAUACCU